CGUUGUCAUUCGAUCGUCGAAGCGAUUAGUGUGAAGACGGACUGACACGUGUGAUACCUUCGUAUUUUCGUCGCCAAUUAUUAUUUUUUCACCUUCUCACAAGUAUAAUGCGUGUAAAGAGCGUACCACGACAUCUGCCUCGCAAAGAUAACAGUCAAGGACAUGCGAAAGCAAAAAAUGCAGCGCUGGAUUAUUUCUCGACAAAAAAAUUCGAAGGAAGCGGGUCUUCUUGCAUGAAAACUGUCCAUUUCACAAACUAUCACGAUAUUGCUCAAGAGAUAGAUUUGGUUGCUCAUAAACAGAAUACAAUUCCACAUAACAUUUUCGAAAAGUGGACACCAUUUUCGAUAGAAGGAAAAAUCGAAGCCGUGGAUCUUUCUGUAAAGAAUGGCUUAAGCGCCCCUAUCGCAGGCCCAUCCGUCGAAGGUAACAAAUUCAAGGAUACGUACCUCUAUCAAAUAAUGACAGAUCCGAAUUUCUUGAAAAAGAUCAUACGCGAAAAGCAAGCUUCAAAGAGCUCUUGUCCUUAUUGCAAGGAAGAGUUCAAUAGCGAGAGCGAAGUUAAAAAACAUUUGAACGUACAAGCGGACGAUACGAAUCAGCUGACUUGUUGCGCUUGUGGUAAGUCAUUUGCACAGAAACGUUAUUUAAGGUAUCACCAAAGGUGUCACUCCGAACGCAACAAAUUCGCCUGUGAUAUUUGUACACGAAAAUACUCCAGACUUGAUAAUUUAACGCGGCACAAUAUUUUUCACACUAAUCCGGACAAAUUUCCGUGUAAUAGUUGUGAGCGGACAUUCGCGCGCAAAGACUUACUCAAUAAGCACCUUAGAUGUCACGAAAAUAAGUAUAAAUUUCACUGUGAUACGUGCCAAAAGUACUUCAAGGGACCGAUUUCAUUGGAAAAUCAUAUUAAAUUGUUUCACUCUAGUCCUGAUAAGCGAAGCGGCGCCGACUCAUUUUAAACGGACUUCUCCGUUCAUCUCCAUAUUCAAUAGCUUAUACAACAAUAUGUCGUUAUUAAUGUUAAAAUUAUUGUAUGUAAAGUUUUUAAGAGGUGCAAUGUGAUACGAAAUAUAUAAUUGUUUGUUGACGGUUAAGAAACAUCGGCAUGGCAAAUAAAGUGUGUUUUGUCGUUUUGGCAAGAAUGCGCCCACUAUAUUUGUGACAAAGUAUUUAUUAAGUUUAUACCAGUUUAUUAUAUGUUUAAUAAAAAUUGAUUGGAUGAAAGA